UUUCAUUUAAUUUCAUGAAAUUUUUAGGAAAACAAGGAAUUCGUUUACCGCCUAUAAGCCCUCAUGCAAUAGAUGGUAUAGAAAUGGUUCGUUUCACUCCAAAUCAAGAUCAAAUAGAGCUGAUCAAACAAGCACUUGAUGAAUUUACUAAUCCUCCCUCAGCCAAUCAAAAUGAAGAACACUCAACUGUUACUCCUAUCGAAGAAACCAUUGAAUCUACUCCGCAAACACAGCCCGAAUUUCAUUCAACAAUUGGAAACGGAAGGUUACUUUGA